AAAUUGUUUAUACUAAACCUGCACCCUGAUAAAACGAAAGAAACAGAAAGAAAAAAGAUACAGCUGCGUCAAUACCAUGUCCAACACCAGCAGUGAUGAGGCCACCGGCAGUAAACAAGCGCGUCUCAUGAACAACAAUCACAACAGCAAGGAUUUGAAUGGCACAGCGACCGGCUUCAGCGGUGCAGCUGAAACAGAUGCAGCCAACGCUCGUGACAAGGUGGCGCUGAUAACCGGCAUAACGGGACAGGAUGGCUCAUAUCUGGCGGAGUUUCUGCUGAAGAAGAACUAUACGGUGCACGGGAUUAUCCGGCGUGCGAGCACCUUUAAUACGACACGCAUUGAGCAUCUGUACGCAGAUCCAAAGGCGCACAAGGGCGGACGUAUGAAAUUGCAUUAUGGCGAUAUGACGGACAGUAGCAGUCUGGUGAAGAUUAUCAAUAUGGUGAAGCCAACGGAAAUCUACAAUCUUGCUGCACAAUCGCAUGUGAAAGUCUCAUUUGAUUUGAGUGAAUAUACGGCGGAGGUGGAUGCCGUUGGUACACUGCGGAUUCUGGAUGCCAUACGAACCUGCGGCAUGGAGAAAUCCGUUAAAUUCUAUCAGGCAUCCACGUCGGAGCUGUAUGGCAAGGUGGUGGAGACACCUCAAAAUGAGCAGACCCCAUUUUAUCCUCGCUCCCCUUAUGCCUGCGCCAAGAUGUACGGGUUUUGGAUUGUGAUCAAUUAUCGGGAGGCGUACGACAUGUUUGCCUGCAAUGGCAUACUCUUCAAUCACGAGAGUCCGCGACGUGGCGAGAAUUUUGUGACACGCAAGAUAACGCGAUCUGUGGCUAAGAUACUGCUCAAUCAAAUGGAAUAUUUUGAGCUGGGCAAUUUGGACUCGAAGCGAGAUUGGGGCCAUGCCAGCGAUUAUGUGGAGGCUAUGUGGAUGAUGCUGCAACGGGAUGAGCCAUCGGAUUAUGUCAUUGCCACUGGGGAAACGCACAGCGUGCGCGAAUUUGUUGAGGCUGCGUUCAAGCAUAUUGGACGCGAGAUAACGUGGUGUGGCAAGGGUGUCGAGGAGGUGGGCAUGGAGCGCAACACCGAUAUUGUGCGUGUGCGCAUUAAUCCAAAGUAUUUUCGGCCCACGGAGGUGGAUCUGCUGCAGGGUGAUGCCUCCAAGGCUAAGCGGGAGUUGAACUGGACGCCAAAGGUUAGUUUCCAGCAGCUGGUCAGCGAUAUGAUGAACGCCGACAUCGAGCUGAUGAAAAAGAAUCCCAUUGCAUAGUGGGAUGUGUACACACCUCGACCUGGAUUCAAUUGGCACAAAGCUCUGCACCAGAGUUUCAUUUAUAUAUUAUUACAUAUAGAUCUAGUGCUUAAGUAUGUAAAGUGUUCGUUGUUUAUCUGUACUGUUUUCUCGACGGGAUUUGCAAUCAUUCCUAUUUUUUUUUAUACUCUUACCGUGGAUGUCUCUCUAUGCUGUUUCCUUAAAUAUUUAUCUUUUUGUAAUAAUUUGUAAUUAGCCAAAAACUAAACGAAUAUAACCAUGCAAUAAAUAUGUUAAAAGU